GAGUGACAGCAUGCAUAAAAUCUUCAGGCGGCUGCGGAAAGGAGUCAAGAAGUAUACGAGAGUUUGGAUUCCUGACCCGGACGAAGUCUGGAAAUCAGCAGAAAUCAUCAAAGAUUACAAGGAGGGGGAUAAAACUCUGCAUUUGAAACUUGAAGAUGAAACGAUUCUGGAAUAUCCUAUUGAUGCUAAAGCCAACAAGCUCCCCUUCUUGCGAAAUCCAGAUAUUUUGGUCGGAGAAAACGACCUGACAGCUUUAAGUUACCUCCACGAACCUGCGGUCUUGCACAACUUAAAAGUCCGAUUCUUGGAAUCAAACCACAUCUAUACCUACUGUGGUAUUGUGCUCGUUGCCAUCAAUCCCUACGAACAGUUGCCAAUCUAUGGACAAGAUGUCAUCUAUGCAUACAGCGGCCAAAACAUGGGGGACAUGGAUCCUCACAUAUUUGCAGUUGCAGAAGAAGCAUAUAAACAAAUGGCCAGGGAUGAGAAGAACCAGUCCAUUAUUGUUAGCGGGGAGUCUGGUGCCGGCAAAACCGUCUCUGCAAAAUAUGCCAUGCGCUACUUCGCAUCUGUUGGAGGCUCCUCCAGUGAAACCAAUAUUGAAGAGAAAGUUCUGGCUUCCAGUCCUAUCAUGGAGGCGAUCGGCAAUGCGAAAACAACUCGAAAUGACAAUAGCAGUCGCUUUGGGAAAUACAUUCAGAUUGGCUUUGACAAAAGAUACCAUAUCAUCGGCGCCAACAUGAGGACAUACCUACUGGAGAAAUCGAGAGUUGUAUUCCAGGCAGAUGACGAGAGAAAUUAUCACAUCUUCUAUCAGCUAUGUGCCUCUGCCAGUCUUCCUGAAUUUAAAGAACUCUCCCUAAUGCCUGCCGAAAACUUUCUCUACACCUCUUUGGGAGGAGACACAUCCAUCGAAGGUGUGGAUGACGCAGACGACUUUGAGAAAACCAGGCAUGCCUUCACUCUGCUGGGAGUGAAGGAUUCCCAUCAGUUGGCCAUUUUUAAGAUACUUGCUGCUAUCCUGCACUUAGGAAAUGUGGACCUUCAGCCAGAACGUGAUGGAGAAUCCUCCAGUAUAUCAAAACAGGAUGAACACCUGCAUAAUUUUUGCAGAUUGCUGGGAGUAGAGGACAGCCAAAUGGAGCACUGGCUCUGCCAUCGGAAGCUGGUCACCACUUCGGAGACCUAUAUCAAGAACAUGUCUGUCCAGCAGGUCGUGAACGCCAGGAAUGCGCUGGCCAAGCACAUUUAUGCCCAGCUGUUCAACUGGAUUGUGCAGCACAUCAACAAGGCCCUGCACACCACGGUCAAGCAGCAUUCGUUCAUCGGGGUGCUGGACAUUUACGGGUUUGAAACUUUCGAAGUGAACAGCUUUGAACAAUUCUGCAUCAACUAUGCCAAUGAAAAGCUCCAGCAGCAGUUCAAUUCGCAUGUGUUUAAACUGGAGCAGGAGGAAUACAUGAAGGAGCAGAUCCCUUGGACACUUAUAGAUUUUUACGACAACCAGCCAUGCAUAGACCUUAUUGAAGCCAAGCUGGGUAUCUUGGACUUGCUGGAUGAAGAAUGCAAGGUCCCUAAGGGAACAGAUCAGAACUGGGCUCAGAAGCUGUACGAUCGCCACGGCAGCAGCCAGCACUUCCAGAAACCUCGCAUGUCAAACAUCUCCUUUAUAGUUGUGCACUUUGCAGAUAAGGUGGAGUACCAGUGUGAUGGAUUUCUGGAGAAAAACAGAGACACUGUACAUGAAGAACAGAUAAAUAUACUGAAGGCCAGCAAGUACCCGAUGGUAGCCGACUUGUUUCAUGAUGGGAAAGACCCCGCGCCAGGUGCUGCGUCUGGAAAAGGAGCUUCCUCGAAAAUCAAUAUCCGCUCUGCCCGUCCAACUGUGAAAGCAGCUAAUAAAGAGCACAAGAAAACAGUCGGGCAUCAGUUCCGUAACUCCUUACAUUUGCUUAUGGAGACCCUGAACGCCACCACUCCCCAUUAUGUACGCUGCAUCAAGCCAAAUGAUGAGAAGCUUCCUUUCAGCUUUGAUCCGAAGAGAGCAGUCCAGCAGCUGAGAGCCUGUGGUGUCCUGGAGACCAUCCGCAUCAGCGCAGCUGGCUACCCAUCCAGGUGGACCUACCAUGACUUCUUCAAUAGGUAUCGAAUUCUUAUGAAAAAGAAGGACACCUCAAAAAAGGAGGACAGGAAAGUCAUUUGCAAGAUGCUUCUGGAAAGCCUAAUUAAGGAUCCUGACAAGUUCCAGUUUGGGCGGACCAAGAUCUUUUUCCGGGCAGGCCAGGUGGCGUACCUGGAGAAACUACGGGCGGAUAAGUUCCGUGCCGCUACCAUCAUGAUACAGAAGACGGUGCGUGGCUGGCUGCAGAGAGCGAAAUAUCGGAAGAUGAAAAAGGCAGCACUUAACAUCCAGAGGUAUACCAGAGGACACCUGGCACGCAGACUGGCUGACCGUCUUAGGAAGACGAGAGCAGCCAUUGUUUUACAGAAACAAUAUCGGAUGUUGAGGAUCCGCCGGGCGUACCAAGCAAUCCACAGGGCUGCCAUCACAAUCCAAGCCUUCACCCGAGGAAUGUUUGUCAGAAGGACCUAUCGAAAGAUGCUCAUGGAGCACAAAGCCACCAUCAUCCAGAAGCAUGCCCGAGCCUGGCUAACUCGGAAGCAUUUUGUCAGGUUCAGAAGUGCAGCUGUAGUUCUCCAGUGCUACUUCAGGCGCAUGAAGGCCAAGCAAGAGCUGAAGGCCCUGAAGAUAGAGGCGAGGUCAGCAGAGCACUUGAAGAGGCUCAAUAUUGGCAUGGAGAACAAGGUGGUUCAGCUGCAGAGGAAGAUAGAUGAACAGAACAAAGAAUACAAGCUCCUGAAUGAACAGUUCUCCACAGCCGCCACUUCUCAUUCCACCGAGAUAGAGAAGCUGAAGAAGGAGCUGCAGCGAUAUCAGCGGAAGAAGGGAGACGCCAACCAGCUCGCAAGCUUGCAAGAAGAGAUUGACUCUCUCCGGUUGGCCCUGGAGAAGGCUCACGGGGAAAGAAAGAUAGUAGAAGACAGCUACGCAAAGGAGAAAGAUGUGCUCCGAAAGCGGAUAUCGGACUUGGAAGAGGAGAAUGCGCUGCUGAAGCAGGAAAAAGAGGAGCUGAACAACAAAAUUCUGUGUCAGUCAAAAGAUGAGUUUGCGCAAAAUGCUGUUGAGGAAAAUCUGCUGACGAAGAAGGAGCUGGAAGAGGAGAGAGUUCGCUAUCAGAAUCUUGUGCAGGAGUAUUCAAGGCUGGAGCAGAGAUAUGACAACUUGAGGGAUGAAAUGGCUAUCAUAAAGCAGACCCCAGGACACAGAAGAAAUCCAUCGAACCAAAGCAGCCUAGAAUCAGACUCCAAUUACCCGUCAAUUUCUACAUCUGAGGUUGGGGAUACUGAGGAUGCAAUCCAGCAAGUCGAGGAGGUUGGCAUGGAGAAGGCAGCCAUGGACAUGACCCUCUUCCUAAAGCUUCAGAAGAGAGUGCGGGAACUCGAACAGGAGAGGAAGAAGCUGCAAAGCCAACUGGAGAAGAGAGAAAAUGAAAGCAAAAAACCCCAGGUAAUUGAAAUGAAGAACGAAAUGGAUUUGGACCGCGAUACAGAUCUAGCGUACAACAGUCUGAAGAGGCAAGAGUUAGAAUCUGAGAACAAGAAACUGAAAAAUGACCUUAACGAGCUGAGGAAAGCUAUAGUGGAUCGGGUGGCCCAGAACAAUUCUUCCAACGAUGUCCACGACAGUUACAGCCUCCUCCUGAAUCAGCUCAAGUCUGCUAACGAAGAGCUGGAAGUGCGGAAGGAAGAAGUGCUUAUUCUAAGGACACAGAUUAUAAAGGCAGCCCAGCAAAAAGAUGCAGGCAGAAAUAUGGAGUCAAACAGCAACAUGCAAACAAGCUGGCCCAAUAGUGACAAGCAUGUGGAUCCAGAAGAUGCCAUAGAAGCCUAUCAUGGAGUGUGUCAGACAAACCGCAAGACUGAGGACUGGGGGUAUCUGAAUGAAGAUGGAGAACUCGGCUUGGCCUAUCAGGGUCUAAAGCAAGUUGCCAGGCUCCUUGAGGCUCAGCUCCAGGAUCAGAGGAGAGAACAUGAAGAGGAAGUAGAAACUCUGAAGGAGCAAAUGGGGACCUUGAGGGAAGAGAUGGAGAAACAGCAGGAGGUCUUCUUCCAGACACUGCAGCUGUCGCCAGAAGCCCAAGUGGAGUUCGGAAUCCAGCAAGAAAUCAUGCGCCUGACCAGCGAAAACCUGGAUCUCAAAGAGCUGCUAGAAAAACUAAAGAAGAAUGAAAGCAAGCUGAAAAAGCAACUCAAGAUUUACAUGAAGAAAGUCCAAGAUUAUGAAGCCGAUCAAGUUGUCGUACAGACUGAAAAGCGGCAGCAUGAACUCAACAGACAGGUCACUGUCCAAAGGAAGGAGAAAGAUUUCCAGGGAAUGCUGGAGUAUUGCAAAGAAGAUGAGCCGCUACUUGUGAAAAAUCUCAUUACAGAUCUGAAGCCCCAAAUGGUCUCUGCCACAGUGCCCUGUCUUCCUGCCUACAUCCUUUACAUGUGCAUCAGGCAUGCAGAUUAUAGUAACGAUGAUCAUAAAGUGCACUCCUUGCUUACCUCUACCAUCAAUGGCAUUAAAAAAGUAUUAAAGAAACAUCACGACGACUUUGAGAUGACGUCGUUUUGGCUGGCUAACACCUGCCGCCUUCUACAUUGCCUGAAGCAAUACAGUGGAGAUACGGGUUUUAUGACCCAGAAUACUGUGAAGCAGAAUGAACAUUGCCUGAAGAACUUCGACCUCACUGAGUAUCGCCAGAUCCUGAGUGAUCUUUCCAUUCAGAUCUACCAGCAGCUCAUUAAAAUUGCUGAAGGCGUCUUGCAGCCCAUGAUAGUGACGGCGGUGUUAGAAAACGAGAGCAUCCAGGGUCUGUCGGGCGUGAAGCCAAUGGGCUACCGCAAGCGGACCUCCAGCAUGGGGGACAGCGACAACUUCUACACCUUGGAGGCGAUCAUCCGCCAGCUGAACACGUUUCACAGCGUCAUGUACGACCAGGGCCUCGACCCCGAGAUCAUCCAACAGGCUGUGAAGCAGCUCUUCUACAUGAUCAAUGCGGUGGCCCUGAACAAUCUGCUGCUGAGGAAGGAUGUCUGCUCAUGGAGCACAGGCAUGCAAGUCAGGUUUAACAUCAGCCAGCUGGAGGAAUGGUUGCGAGGAAAGAAUCUACAACAGAGCGGGGCUGCCAAGACCAUGGAGCCUCUGAUCCAGGCAGCACAGCUCCUGCAGCUGAAGAAGAAGACCUCAGAAGAUGCGGAGGCAAUAUGUUCCUUAUGCACAGCCCUCACCACACAGCAGAUUGUAAAAAUACUCAAUCUCUACACUCCCGUGAAUGAAUUUGAAGAGCGUGUGACAGUAGCCUUCAUAAGAAACAUUCAGGCAAAUUUGCAAGAGAGGAAUGAACAUCCACAGCUACUGUUAGACUUCAAGUUCAUGUUCCCUGUACUGUUUCCAUUCAACCCUUCUUCUCUAACCAUGGACUCUAUCCACAUCCCCGCUUCUCUCGGCCUGGAAUUCCUCAACAGAGUUUGAAGAUACUAUAUUGACUCCCAGCCAAAUUUCCUAAGCAAAAAAGCAAAAGUGGAAUUUAAGGAUCUCUUCAAAUGUGGACCAAAUGAUGGUUAAUGAACCAAUACACUUUAGUGAAUCAGUGCUGAAUUGUAUAGCAUAAGAAACUAAUCUUGUAUUUUUGGUUGGAUGCUUUUUGGUUUGUAUGGAGGGAAUUUUGGGGGGAGGGGGAGGCAGAUUUUGCUGCUAAGAAUACUUGAAACAAGUGGGGGUUUGUACCACUUGAUACCAUGCUAAAAAUAUUGUUUCCCUGCUGCCAUUAAGGCACCAGCAUUGGUAAAUGGAAUAACUAUUUUCAUUUUCUUAGGUUGUGGUUUGAGAAAUUCUAUCGUGAAAUAAUAGAAAGAAGCCUUCAUGACCAUGCAUCGUAACGUCGUUCAUGGUUAUGGGGCUGGCCUGCACAUACUGAACUUAAAUUUCUGAAUUUCUGCUGCUGCCCUUCAUUUUUAAAAUGAUUGUUUCGGGAAAUAAAAGUUGCAGUAGGCCAAACCAAGAAUUAAUUAUGUAGUCCGAAAGGAAAUUUAACUGGUAGAGGGAACAAUGCUUUUUCCUUGCAUCUGGGGCACAAGAAGUUGGUUACAGUUGUUGUCCCAGCUCCAUCAAAGGCAACUUUGUGUGGACCAUAACCUAGAAGCGGUCAGUGGGGCAGUUCCAGCCUGCCUUCAGUAUAUUAAGUGGUCAUAAAUAUUUUGUCCAUGUGCCACACUGAGAAAGAGGAAGGUCACGGACCCAGAAACCUCUGCAGGAGUUCGGCCCUAUAAUUACAGCUCCACUGCAGACUGCUGCAGGUUACUCGGACCAAUCCAGAAUCUUUAUGCCUCUUUUAUCCUGUGAAUUAUGUAUGAGAACACAUUGCUUUUACUGUGAUUGAGAGAAAAGGUAGUCAGGGGUACAAGGUCCAAAAUACUUCACAAAAAGGUCAGUUCCUUGUUAUCAUAGUUGAGUAGUCUUUACAGUUACUAGUGGCAGUGCCAAUCUGCAGGACAGAUUCCCUGGCCAUGUUAGGAAUCAUUGUGAAGUCAAGAUACAGUCUGGCAGAGCUUCCAUAGGACAGACUGGGCAACCUGAAUGGAAGGUUUGCCUUCAACCAACUUUGUGAUUUGUUUCCAAGCCAGUUAUGGAGGGAGGUUGCUUCAUACCAUGGAAAAAGUUGUGUGAUACCAUAUCUGAUUGGGUAGCAAAGUGCUGGUUCGCAGGGAUGCCUUUUGGGAGAAAUAGAAUGUGAUAUUAGCACUGAUGACCUUGCAUCGUUACCAGCAAUUUGAAGCAAACCAGAAUGGGUAGGGAAAUUAUUUUAACUUCCUAACAUGGCACUAAUAUGCAAUAGCGUUAACACCACCACUUCACUAUCAGAGACUGGAUUGCCUAAUGAAACAUGGCUUAAGAAACUGGAUCUGCCCAAGCUCAGUGCAUUGACACACAGUACUUUUAAGUAAAUGGGCAAUGAAGCAGGAAUCCACUGUUAACCAUGACUUGCCAUUACACGCAAACCAGGAAAUUAUGGUUAAUGGUUUCCAAGCAACCCAGGAUCUGGAAGCCAAUGUUAAACCAUGGCUUUGUAUCCUGGCUUGUUUGAAAGACAUUCACCAUACUUUCUAGGUUUGCACAUUAUAGGAAGCCAUGGCUAACUGCAGCUUCCUGACGUAUUUCCCUGCCUGUGCAAAGGGAAGAGGGAAGUGGCUGCAUGCAUAUCCUCACUUGCCAGGAUGUGAAAAUGACCAGUGCAACAAAUAGAAACUGUUUCACCAAUAUGGUUUUUAAUCUUUGAGUUAAAUAAUGUUUAAAGUAAAUAGCUUUCUCAACUCUCUGUUGUUUCGACAUUAAGUACACCUGCAAUUCCUACCUAUUCAGUUGCUUUCAAAACUAUUAAGCUUUGCAAAAGUAACACUCAGCCUACUAUCAGAUAGCAUCAGAAAUGCAGAGCAACUUCCUGUGACUUGAAUUUAGGCAGCUAGCCAAUUCUAAGAGAGGGAUUUGCUGCUGGUGGAGGGUAAAGACUUUAAAAAUGUGACAGACGGGCCUUUUCAAAAAAAUUAACGGCAAUGUCUAAAUCAUUCUUACAUUCAGCCUUGCAUCUCUGGCAGUGGAUCUUUGAAGAUGGUGUUAGGCUUGUUAAAAGUACUCUCAUCAGACUAAUUUUAACUGCUGCAAAUUGAAUACCCAGCUUGUGAAAUAUUUCCCUUAUAAAAGAAUAGUUUUUACCAACGGACUGGUCCUAAGCAUUCUGAUCUGAUUCAGAAAAGAACUGGAAUACUUGCCCAUUUUUAGCAGGUGAUAAGUCCCAAGGGUCACUGCUCUCUUUUUAAAAAGUUCAGCAGUCUGCUGAUUCAGGCUACAUUGCUCAACACCUUGCAGUAUCGAGUCCUUGGAAGAGCAACAUGCAGAGAGGGAGAAACAAGUGAAGUCCUGCAGUCACAUUGUACACAAAAAUCAUCUCUCUCACUCAGCAUUUCUAAUGUGCCCUGCAACACUCCAGUGUAUUAACAUCACAGUUGAACAGAGGUUAUAAUCCAAAUGGAACUAGUCUGGGGACCGUGGUUUAAUAUAGCUUUUCAUAUUCCUAAUUCAUAAACCAGUAACUAUGGCAAGUAACGAUUUCUUCAUGCACUUGAGACAUUACUCCUUCAGCUGAAUUUGCUUCAGUUCUACAGUGCCUUGAGGAGCUGUUUUGUAGUUAUUUUGCCCCUGCCAAAGGUGCCCAGUUAGGUUUCAGCCAGUCUCAUGGCACCUGCUGUGGUGAAAUUACCCAAUAAUGCUCCAGUGAAGGGAAUCCUCCCCUGACACCCCCUCCAAUUGUUGCUCAUUCACAUAGAAAGUGCCAGUUCUCGUGGCAAACUUUGCCUCUUUCUCUUGUGACUUCCUGCAUGCAGCAAACCAAAGUUGGAGCAAAACAUCGCAUAGCCUGUCCCCAGCAGUUGCCAUGGCUGACCCCUUGUGCUUAGGCAUGCCAGCUUUGUGGGUUUGAAGCUUGAUAGAAUAAGGAAGCAUAAUCAGUAUGUUGCCUUCACUGAACAAAGCCAUUCUUCUCCUUGACCUUGGCAAACAACUUUCUUUAUACCACAACUGUCACUUUCCAGCAUGAUUGAAGAGAUUUCCUUUGAAGCUUUUUAAAAUAAUAAAUUCCAGGCACUUCUUUUUUUUUUCUUUAGCCAAUGCACAGUAAUGGUCAAUUAAAUUAUAAAAAAGCAAGAAUAGCAGCAUCCAAGCCACAGUCAGUACUGCAGCAGCCAGGUAAUUUUCUUUCUGCAUUAUGUUCUCUUCCCAGGAUCAAAUCUUCCAUCUCCCAUACAAUCAGCUUGAGGUUGGGGCACUCUGCCAGUUGUGAUGAACUAGAGCAUUUGCCCCCUUAAACGUCCGGGGGGGGGUGUAACCUGGGUGACUGCUCCUGAUUUCUCCAGUGCAAUGCAGAAAUUAGUGUUGUCCUGCACUCUAGACCAAGCAGAAAGUAUGUGUUCACAAAGUUUCUCUAGUUGCACCUGUUUCUGUGUAUCCAGUUGUGCAAUGUUUGAAAGUGUUCCAGCUGCAACUGAAUCACCAUUGCAUUGCUAACCAUAAUUCUAACCAGGUAUGCUAAGUGAAAGGGAGCUGCAGAACCCACUUUCACAGUGAUCCUAGAAAAUGUAUUUAUAAAAUGUGGCUAAUGUUCUUCCUGAGGAUAAUGGUAUUUCACUACAGCACUGCAAGGAGAAUUUAUUUAUAUUAUGUAUUAUAUCUGUGUAUAUUUUAAAAAAUCUAACUGUCAGUAUAGAAAGAGAUAUGAACUGAGUAAAUAACUGUAAUAUUUAAUUUAACUGCAAAAGAUUUUCUGAAGGAUCUCAUGUUAAAUAUAUUUGAUGUAUGUAAUUUUUAUGUUAUCUGUUUUUAAGAUAUCUUGGGACUUACUUUUUUAAAAAAGCCAAUUCACUGGUAUUGCCCUGCACAAACAUGCCUUCUCUCUCUUCCUCGUCAGCCAUUUAAAUGUCAUUUAAAACUCUUUAGCACAGUUCAAAAA